CCCUCUUGGUUUGGUUCCUGCACUUUGGUCGCCAUUCCGUUACACCUCCUUGCGACAACGCGAAGCGCCUCGCCGACCGGCGACCGCCGCUCCCCACCAAACGGUCGAACAACAACCCUCGCCACCCUUGCAACUGCGCCAUGCCUUCCUCUUCCUUCUCCACCUCCCACUCCUCGUCCUCCGUCCAAAUCGUUGAUCCCAACCCCGCGAGCGCGAGCGCCCCGGACACCACCGCCGACUCCAGCGACCGCGACGAUGACGGCGGCGGUGGUGAAAACGGGCGCUCGUGGCCCGCGACGGAGCGCGUCCCCUCGUACCUAUGGAACCAGAACUCGGUCCACGUCCUCUGCAAGAAGUUCGGCGUCAACACCAAGGCGUUCACCCCGAUCCUCGCCGGCGACCGACGCGCGUGCUCGCCUCCACCCGCGGGCUCCGUCUGCGUGUACGCGGACGCGCUGGAGGCCGGGAUGCGUGUCCCGCUCGACCCCUUCUUCUGCGAGGUGCUCUCGCACUUCGGCGUCGCCCCGAGCCAGCUCGCGCCCAACUGCUGGCGCAUCUUGGCGGCCUUCCUCGCGCUCUCCCGCGCCGCCGGCGUGCAGCCGCCGUCGGUGCCCGUGUUCCUGCACUUCUUCUCGCUGCGCACGCUGAAGGUCAAGGGCCUCUACUGCUUCGCGCCGAAGGACACCGCCGGCGUGCUCUUCACGGGGCUGCCGGAUAAAAUCAAGGGAUGGAAGGGGGGCUUUUUCUUCCUCAAGUCGUCGGCGCCGUGGCCGUGCCCCGUCCUCUGGGGCGAGCCGGCCAAGAAAUCCACUACUGAUCCGGUGCUCACCGGAGAGGAGAAGAGCGCGGCGGCGAAGCUGCUGCGUGCACGCGGCGCGGCGCCGGUUGAUGUCCAUCUCCUGGCUUACCUCAGCGAGGGCGAUUUGGCCGCGGCAACUAUGGCCGCUCGUGCGCCAAAACCACCUGCGCCAUCGCCUUCGCCUUCCCAUCGCACUACCACUGCCGGUGCCGAAGGGAUGGAUCCAUCAACGUAUGCCAUGCUGCAGAACAUGCGGGCAGAGAAGGCGGCCGCGGAGGCGGCGGCAGCGGCAGCGGCAGCGGCGAAGGUCGCCGUGCAGAGUGCGCCGUUGUCCGGGAAGAAGAGGCCGGCGGAGGACAACACGAAGGAGGCCACUGGUCACGGGCCGGCGUCUGUCGCGCCCGGCUUCUCCACGCGCCAGAAACGGAAGCUGCAGCACGCACCGGACAGACAUGACGGCGACACGGUGGAGUGGGAGGCGGCGCGGCAGCUUCUGCAGGGCGUCAUCACGCCGGCGCGGGAGCGCGCGUUCUUGGUGGCCGACCCCUUCGCCGUCAUCGCGACGAGCUACGUCGCGACGCUCCAGGCGGCGAACUACGCGACGUUCUCGUUGGGGCACGCGCUGAAGCUCCAGGAUGAGCUGGAGAAGGCCAAGGCCGAGCUCGCCGAGGCGAAGAAGGCGACGGAGGCCGAGGUGAAGAGCGCCAAGGCGGCGGCGGUGCAGGAGUUCCUGGGCUCCGAGGAGCACGAGCGCCGGCUGGUGGAGGAGGCGCUCAAGGGGUACGAGCGGGGCAUGGCGGACAUGAAGCGCGUCGCGCUGCGGCUCCUCCGCCCUGACGUCGACGCGGCCCAGCUGUUCGUGCCUCCCGGCGGGUUUCAGUAGAUGAGCCGUUUGGACGAACUAUUUUGCAGUGUGAAACUUCUGUAAAUUUCUGCAGUAGCUAGCAUGCUCCCUGCCAGGAUUAGCUCGAUCGUCUUUUGGAUCCACCUUGACACGGUGAUGAUCUGUUUUGGACCAAAUGCCCGUUCAGUCGGUUGAAUCCCAAACGGUGUGGCUCUGUAGCUAGCUGCUCUUGAAGUCUUGAUGAAUCCUUUUGAUGUUGAAAUUGUGCUGUACGACUGUACGAGUACGAUGAGCACCAA